AUGGCUGUAAUUUACGGAUUCCGGAAAAUGAAAGGUAUGGGAAAUUUAAAAAAAAUGUCUAUAGAUUAUACAUUUCGAAUAGUGGUAAGCAGAGGGAUUGCAAAAAGACAUAUAGUUUAUGGAUUCCGGAAAGUGGAGAAUGGGGGGAAUAAAAAAAUAACUAUAGUUAACGGAUUUCGGGAAGCGGAGGAUAAG